GAGACAGCACCUUCGGAGAUAAUCCUUUCUCCUGCCGCAGAGGAGAGGAGCGGCGGGAGCGGGACACUUCGCCGAGGCAUAGCGGGCCGGCAGGAUGGCGACCGUGGUGGUGGAAGCCGCCGAGCCGGAGCCGUCCGGCAGCAUUGCCAACCCGGCGGCAUCCACCUCGCCCAGCCUGUCGCAUCGCUUCCUCGACAGCAAGUUCUACCUGCUGGUGGUCGUCGGCGAAAUCGUGACCGAAGAGCACCUACGGCGCGCCAUCGGCAACAUCGAACUCGGAAUCCGAUCAUGGGACACAAACCUGAUUGAAUGCAACCUGGACCAAGAACUGAAACUUUUUGUGUCUCGACACUCUGCAAGAUUCUCUCCUGAAGUCCCAGGACAAAAGAUCCUUCAUCACCGAAGUGACGUUUUAGAAACAGUGGUCCUGAUCAACCCUUCAGAUGAAGCAGUCAGCACUGAGGUGCGCUUAAUGAUCACUGAUGCUGCUCGACACAAGCUGCUCGUGCUGACAGGACAGUGCUUUGAAAAUACCGGAGAGCUCAUUCUCCAGUCCGGCUCUUUCUCCUUCCAGAAUUUCAUAGAGAUUUUCACCGAUCAAGAGAUUGGGGAAUUACUGAGUACCACCCAUCCUGCCAACAAAGCCAGCUUAACCCUGUUCUGUCCUGAAGAAGGGGACUGGAAGAACUCCAAUCUUGACAGACACAAUCUCCAAGACUUCAUCAAUAUUAAACUCAACUCAGCUUCUAUAUUGCCAGAAAUGGAAGGACUUUCCGAGUUUACUGAGUAUCUCUCAGAAUCAGUGGAAGUCCCAUCUCCCUUUGAUAUCCUAGAACCUCCCACAUCGGGUGGAUUUCUAAAGCUCUCCAAGCCUUGUUGUUACAUUUUUCCAGGAGGGAGGGGCGAUUCUGCAUUGUUUGCCGUGAAUGGAUUCAAUAUGCUCAUCAAUGGAGGAUCGGAAAGGAAAUCCUGCUUUUGGAAGCUCAUCCGACACUUGGACAGAGUGGACUCCAUCCUACUCACCCACAUUGGGGAUGACAAUUUGCCUGGAAUAAACAGCAUGCUACAGCGGAAAAUUGCAGAGCUCGAGGAGGAACAGUCCCAGGGCUCCACCACAAAUAGUGACUGGAUGAAAAACCUCAUCUCCCCUGACUUGGGAGUUGUAUUUCUCAAUGUACCUGAAAAUCUGAAAAACCCAGAGCCAAACAUCAAGAUGAAGAGAAGCAUAGAAGAAGCUUGCUUCACUCUCCAGUACCUAAAUAAAUUGUCCAUGAAACCAGAACCUCUCUUCAGAAGUGUAGGCAAUACCAUUGAUCCUGUCAUUCUUUUCCAAAAAAUGGGAGUUGGUAAACUUGAGAUGUAUGUGCUCAAUCCAGUUAAGAACAGCAAGGAAAUGCUGUAUUUUAUGCAGCAGUGGACUGGCACCAACAAAGACAAGGCUGAACUAAUCCUGCCUAAUGGUCAAGAAAUAGAUAUCCCAAUUUCCUACUUAACUUCAGUCUCCUCUUUGAUCGUGUGGCAUCCGGCAAACCCUGCAGAGAAAAUCAUUCGAGUCCUGUUUCCCGGCAAUAGCACCCAAUACAAUAUCCUGGAAGGACUGGAAAAGCUCAAACAUUUAGACUUUCUGAAACAGCCACUGGCCACCCAGAAGGACCUAACUGGCCAGGUGGCCGCCCCAGCUGUGAAACAAGUAAAACUGAAACAGAGAGCCGAUAGCCGAGAAAGUCUGAAGCCAGCUGCAAAACCACUUCCUAGCAAAUCUGUGCGAAAGGAGUCUAAAGAAGAAACCCCUGAUGUCACAAAAGCUAAUCAUGUGGAAAAGCCGCCCAAAGUUGAAAGCAAAGAAAAGGUAACAGUGAAAAAAGACAAGCCAGUAAAAACAGAGACCAAACCUGUAGUGACUGAAAAGGAGGUGCCGAGCAAAGAAGAGCUGCCUCCGGUGAAAGCUGAGGUGGCCGAAAAGCAAGCCACAGAUGUCAAACCCAAAGUCUCUAAGGAGAAGACAGUAAAAAAGGAAACCAAGGCAAAAUCUGAGGAAAAGAAAGAGGAGAAAGAAAAGCCAAAGAAAGAAGUGGCUAAAAAGGAGGACAAAACACCCAUUAAGAAGGAAGAAAAACCAAAAAAGGAAGAGGUGAAAAAGGAAGUGAAAAAAGAAAUCAAGAAAGAAGAGAAGAAAGAACCCAAGAAAGAGGUUAAGAAGGAAACCCCACUGAAGGAAGCCAAGAAGGAGGUGAAGAAGGAAGAAAAGAAGGAAAUUAAAAAGGAAGAAAAGGAACCCAAAAAAGAAAUUAAGAAACUUCCUAAAGAUGCAAAGAAACCAUCUACUCCUCUAUCUGAAGCAAAAAAACCAGCUGCAUUAAAACCAAAAGUGCCCAAGAAGGAAGAGCCUGUCAAAAAAGAUUCUGUUGCUGCUGGGAAGCCAAAGGAGAAGGGGAAGAUUAAAGUCGUUAAGAAGGAAGGCAAGACACCAGAGGCCGCAGCUGCAGCCAUUGGCUCUGUGGCCGCUGUGGCAGCUGUGGCGGCAGCAGCUGGAAUGGCAAGUGCUGGCCCUGCCAAAGAACUCGAGGCCGAGAGGUCCCUUAUGUCAUCCCCUGAGGAUCUGACUAAGGACUUUGAAGAGUUAAAGGCUGAAGAGGUCGAUGUAGCAAAAGACAUCAAGCCUCAGCUGGAGCUGAUCGAAGACGAGGAGAAACUGAAGGAAACUGAACCAGUCGAAGCCUACGUCCUCCAGAAAGAGACGGAAGUCAUCAAAGGCCCUGCCGAAUCUCCCGAUGAGGGGAUCACCACCACUGAAGGGGAGGGUGAAUGUGAACAAACCCCUGAGGAACUGGAGCCGGUGGAGAAACAGGGGGUAGACGACAUUGAAAAAUUUGAAGAUGAAGGAACAGGUUUUGAAGAAUCCUCAGAGACUGGAGACUAUGAAGAGAAGGCAGAAACUGAGGAGGCUGAGGAGCCAGAAGAGGACGUUGAAGAAACCGUGUGCGUGAGCACCUCCAAGCACAGCCUCAUGGAGGAGGAGGAAAGCGCAAAGGCUGAGGCAGAUGUGCACAUCAAGGAGAAGAGGGAGUCUCUGGCCAGUGGAGAUGACCGAGCAGAAGAAGACAUGGAUGAGGUGGUGGAGAAGGGAGAAGCUGAACAAUCUGAGGAGGAGGGUGAUGAGGAGGACAGAGCUGAGGAUGCCAGAGAGGAAGAAUAUGAGCCUGAAAAAGCCGAAGCUGAAGAUUACGUCAUGGCUGUGGUUGACAAGGCUGCAGAGGCUAGCGGUGUCGAGGAUCAGUAUGGAUUCCUCACCACAUCAAUCAAGCAACCAGGAGCCCAGUCUCCUGCCCGAGAACCUGCAUCUUCAAUUCACGAUGAGACUUUACCUGGAGGCUCAGAAAGUGAGGCCACCGCAUCUGAUGAGGAGAAUCGAGAAGACCAGCCUGAAGAAUUCACUGCCACCUCUGGCUACACUCAGUCUACCAUUGAGAUAUCCAGUGAGCCCACCCCAAUGGAUGAGAUGUCUACUCCUCGUGACGUGAUGAGUGAUGAGAUCAACAAUGAAGAGACAGAGUCCCCAUCUCAAGAAUUUGUAAACAUCACCAAAUACGAGUCUUCACUGUAUUCUCAGGAAUACUGCAAACCUGCUGUUACAUCACUCAAUGGAUUAUCUGAAGGAUCAAAAACAGAUGCCACAGAUGGGAAGGACUACAACGCUUCAGCCUCCACCAUCUCACCACCGUCAUCCAUGGAGGAAGACAAAUUUAGCAGAUCUGUUCUACGUGAUGCUUACUACACUGAAGAGAAAGACAUGAAAGCCAGUGCCACGUUGGUGAUCAAAGACACCAUCUCAGCAGUUUCAGAUGAAAAACUUAGCCCACCCAAGAGCCCAUCCCUGAGUCCAUCUCCUCCAUCACCCAUAGAAAAGACCCCCCUGGGUGAACGUAGUGUGAACUUUUCUCUGACGCCCAAUGAGAUUCAAGUCUCAGCGGAGGCAGAAGCAGUCCCAGUGUCUCCUGAGGUGACCCAAGAAGUAGUUGAAGAACAUUGUGCCAGUCCUGAGGAUAAGACCCUGGAAGUGGUGUCUCCAUCUCAGUCUGUAACUGGCAGUGCUGGCCACACACCUUACUACCAGUCGCCCACUGAAGAGAAAUCUAGUCACCUCCCCACAGAAGUAACUGAAAAACCACCAGCAGUUCCAGUGAGUUUUGAAUUCAGUGAUGCCAAAGAUGAGAAUGAAAGGGCUUCCAUAAGCCCCAUGGAUGAACCUGUGCCUGACUCGGAAUCUCCUAUUGAAAAAGUUUUGUCUCCUUUACGGAGCCCUCCCCUAAUUGGAUCCGAAUCUGCAUAUGAAAGUUUUCUAAGUGCUGAUGACAAGACUUCUGGUAGAGGUACUGAAAGCCCCUUUGAAGGAAAGGAUGGAAAACAAGGCUUUCCAGAUGAAAUAAGUCCCAUCUCUGACAUGACUUCUACUGGUCUUUCACAAGACAAACCAGAAGAGAAAAGCACAGACUUUAUACCAAUAAAGGAAGACUUUGGUCAAGAAAAGAAACCUGACGAUGUUGAAGCCAUGAGUUCUCAAUCUGGAUUGGCUUUAGAUGAAAGAAAAUUAGGAGGAGAUGUUUCUCCUACACAAAUAGAUGUCAGUCAGUUUGGGUCUUUUAAAGAAGACACUAAGAUGUCCAUUUCAGAAGGCACUGUCUCAGACAAGUCAGCUACUCCUGUUGAUGAGGGUGUAGCAGAAGACACAUACUCUCACAUGGAGGGCGUGGCCUCAGUAUCCACAGCUUCUGUGGCUACGAGCUCAUUUCCAGAGCCAACAACAGAUGACGUGUCUCCUUCUCUGCAUGCUGAGGUUGGCUCUCCACAUUCUACAGAAGUCGAUGACUCCCUUUCUGUGUCUGUUGUGCAAACGCCUACCACUUUCCAGGAAACAGAAAUGUCUCCAUCUAAAGAAGAAUGUCCAAGACCAAUGUCAAUUUCUCCACCAGAUUUCUCCCCUAAAACAGCCAAAUCCAGGACACCAGUCCAAGACCACAGAUCUGAACAGUCCUCAAUGUCUAUUGAAUUUGGCCAAGAAUCCCCUGAGCACUCGCUCGCUAUGGACUUUAGUCGACAGUCUCCAGAUCACCCUACAGUGGGUGCAAGUAUGCUUCACAUCACUGAAAAUGGGCCAACUGAAGUGGAUUACAGUCCUGACAUGCAGGACUCUAGUUUAUCACAUAAGAUACCACCAAUGGAGGAGCCGUCCUACACCCAAGACAAUGAUCUUUCUGAGCUCAUCUCAGUGUCUCAGGUUGAGGCCUCCCCAUCCACCUCUUCAGCACAUACCCCCUCUCAGAUAGCUUCUCCUCUCCAAGAAGACACUCUAUCUGACGUCGUUCCUCCCAGAGAUAUAUCCUUAUAUGCCUCUCUCACCUCAGAAAAAGCGCAAAGUCUAGAAGGAGAGAAGCUGUCACCAAAAUCUGAUAUCUCUCCACUCACCCCAAGAGAGUCCUCUCCUUUAUAUUCACCUAGCUUUUCAGAUUCUACCUCUGCUGUCAAAGAGACCAUAGCAGCUUGCCCCACUUCCUCUCCUCCACCGACGGAUGCAGCAUCCGCAGAGCCCUAUGGCUUCCGUGCCUCGAUGUUAUUUGAUACGGUGCAACACCAGCUGGCCUUGAACAGAGAUUUGACCACAUCUGGCAUGGAGAAGGACAUUGGAGGGAAGACACCUGGUGACUUCAGCUAUGCCUAUCAAAAGCCUGAGAAAACAACCAGGUCCCCAGAUGAAGAGGGUUAUGAGUAUGAGUCUUAUGAGAAAACCACCCGGACCCCAGAUGUGAGUGGCUAUUACUAUGAGAAGACAGACAGUACCACAAAAUCCCCAUGUGACAGCAGCUACUCAUAUGAGACCAUUGAGAAAACCGCCAAGACCCCGGAAGAUGGUGGUUAUGCCUAUGAAGUCACUGAGGAGACCACACGGACCCCUGAAGAGGGUGAAUACAGCUACGAGGCAAGUGAGAAGACCAUGAGGACCCCUGAAGUGAGUGGUUACAGCUAUGAAAAGACCGAGAGGUCUUCUAGAAGGCUCCUGGAUGAUAUCAGCAAUGGCUAUGAUGACUCCGAAGAUGGCAGCCACACGCUUGGGGAUUCCAGCUACUCUUACGAGACCACUGAGAAAAUCGCCAGUUUCCCUGAGUCUGAAAGUUAUUCCUACGAGGCAUCGACGGCAACUACACGAGCCCCUGCUACUUCCACCUAUGAUUAUGAAGCCGUAGAGAAAAUCACUAGAACCCCACAAGCAUCUACGUAUUCCUACGAGACUUCAGAGCAGUGCUACACCGUAGAAAAGAAGUCUCCCUCAGAGGCACGCCAGGAUGUUGAUUUAUGCCUUGUGUCCUCCUGUGAAUACAAGCAUCCCAAGACAGAACUCUCACCCUCCUUCAUUAAUCCCAAUCCUCUCGAGUGGUUUGCUAGUGAAGAGCCAACUGAAGAGGCUGAGAAGCCUCUCACCCAAUCAGGGGGAGCCCCACCACCUCCAGGAGGAAAGCCACAGGGGCGACAGUGUGAUGAAACCCCUCCCACCUCAGUCAGCGAGUCAGCUCCAUCCCAGACCGAUUCUGAUGUCCCCCCGGAGACUGAAGAGUGCCCUUCCAUCACAGCUGAUGCAAAUAUCGACUCUGAAGAUGAAUCAGAAACUAUCCCCACAGACAAAACUGUCACAUACAAACACAUGGACCCACCUCCGGCUCCCAUGCAGGACCGCAGCCCUUCUCCACGCCACCCUGACGUGUCCAUGAUGGACCCGGAGGCCUUGGCCAUUGAGCAGAACCUGGGCAAAGCUCUGAAGAAAGACCUGAAAGAGAAGACCAAAACCAAAAAACCAGGCACAAAGACCAAGUCAUCUUCACCUGUCAAAAAGGGUGAUGGGAAGUCUAAGCCUUCUGCAGCUUCACCAAAACCAGGGGGCUUGAAAGAAUCCUCAGAUAAAGUGUCCAGAGUGGCUUCUCCUAAGAAGAAGGAAUCUGUGGAAAAAGCAACAAAAACCACUACCACUCCGGAGGUCAAAGCUGCACGCGGGGAAGAGAAAGACAAGGACACCAAGAAUGCCGCCAACGCCUCCACAUCCAAAUCGGUAAAGACUGCAACUGCAGGACCAGGAAACACCAAGCCCUCCAAGCCCUCAGCUGUGCCUCCAGGCCCCCCUGUGUAUUUGGACCUGUGCUAUAUUCCCAAUCACAGCAAUAGUAAGAAUGUUGAUGUCGAAUUUUUCAAGAGAGUGAGGUCAUCCUACUACGUGGUGAGUGGGAAUGACCCUGCUGCUGAGGAGCCCAGCCGGGCUGUCCUGGAUGCCUUGUUGGAAGGGAAAGCCCAGUGGGGCAGCAACAUGCAGGUAACCCUGAUCCCUACCCAUGACUCAGAAGUGAUGAGGGAAUGGUACCAAGAGACCCAUGAGAAACAACAAGACCUCAACAUCAUGGUUUUAGCCAGCAGCAGCACAGUGGUUAUGCAAGAUGAAUCCUUCCCUGCAUGCAAGAUUGAACUGUAAAAGCCAAGGCCAGCCACACCACAGGAUUUGAACUUUGUUUCCAGAAAUUCUUCAAUUUGAAACCACCUUUUCUAAAAUGUCAAUUCAUCUAAAUAAGUCACCGAACUAUUACCUGCCAAACGCUAUACUGUGUCACGGUGAUGCAAGUCACUAAUAUUUCUUAGUUUUUGCUGAUUGCUAAGGGAAGUAACAGUAUUCCCACAGUAGGGUUCAAGUUACUGCAAAAUUACCUACCCCAGUUCAUCUCUGCUAAACAUUUGGAAACCAUGCACUAGCAAACCCAACUGACUUCUGCUAGGUAGAGGCAUUUGUCUUAGAGAGAGCGAGAGCGAGAGAGAGAGCGAGAGAAAGAAAGAGCGCGCGCGCACAAUGAGAGAGAACACAGGAGAGAGAGAGGAUGAGAAAGAAAAAGAAUGCAGGAGAAGGAGACGGAAUGGUAGAGUGCGGGUGAGAUACCCAGAGAGAAAGAGAGAGAGCAAGGUGGGGUAAGGAGGAGAAAAUAACCAACGCUUAGGUCUGCAUUUUCUCAGGCAGUCUGUAUUCUGUAGUCUACAUACUAAACAUUCUCAACUUGUGUCAGUCUGAGUCAUCAAAAAGGUCUUAAUUUUCUAAAACAGGUUAGCUGGAAGGAAACAAAAAGAACAAAAUUCGUUAUGAGGGCAUGUGAGAUUUUCACGCCUUAAUUAAUAAGCUCCUUCAGUUUGAAGGCUGCACACUGACAUAAUGUAGUGCAUGUAGACUGGAUAUGCGAGUGAUUUGAACCCCAUUCAGAACUCUCAGACUCUUCAGACACACGAGUAGAUUGAUCUAAGGCAUGCUCCCAGCAUUUGUCCACCCGGUUAGUCCACUCUGAGUCGAUGAACCUGCAUGCAGAAACACCCAAGUCCACCCCAAUUAAUAAGCAAAUACCAAAGCGGUUGGGAGUACAUACGGUAGACAAUUUGCCUUAGAAAGUGACUUGAAUGUACAAAGAUACUUGAUGCACUUAAUUUUUUAACGUGAGACCGCAAGUUUAUAAAACAUCCGUGUAGGAUUAUAGAUACUCCAGUUAAAGGAGCAAGCGUGUGCGCGUGUGGGGGCCCUAGAAGCUGAUCUGAUUGGUGCAGUGGUUUGAUGCUGAGUCACAUGUGUUGACCUCCACCUCAGUGUACCUGUGGCCCUCAGCCAAACAAGUUGAGCCUUUCAUAGCUUCUUUACUACUGCAAGUUCCAAGACUGAAAUGGCUUCUAUGAUCAGAACUGGGAAAACAGCGAGUCUUAUGGUGGAAGAGGUUCUCGGCAAGUGUACAGUAUUUACCUUCCUUUGUCUUACGUUGGCUUUUUGUUUUUGUUUAGUUUUCCAUUAAUUUCAGCAUAAUUAUGGGAACAAGUGUACAGAAUUUUUUUUUUAGAUAUGUGAGAACUUUUCAUAGAUGAACUUUUUAACAGGUGUUUUCAUUUACAGGAAAAUGCAAAGAAAAUUUCAAGUGACAGUCUUUUUUUUUUUUUAAGUCUUUCAUAAGACAA